GGUGGCUACUUCCGGUAGAGUCGGCCCGCCCCUAACGCAGGGUGGUGACUUCCGCCUAACCAAAAAAGUGGACCAGGCAGAGGAAACCGACUGGUUUCAGGGCUGAAAAAAUGGAUAGUCAAGGACGGAAAGUGGUGGUUUGUGACAAUGGAACCGGGUUUGUCAAGUGUGGCUAUGCCGGGUCUAACUUUCCAGAGCACAUCUUCCCAGCACUGGUUGGCAGGCCAAUCAUUCGCUCUACAGCCAAAGUGGGGAACAUCGAGAUUAAGGACCUGAUGGUGGGCGACGAGGCCAGCGAGCUGCGCUCCAUGCUGGAGGUCAACUAUCCCAUGGAGAACGGCAUCGUCAGGAACUGGGAUGACAUGAAGCACCUUUGGGACUACACCUUCGGGCCCGAGAAGCUCAACAUUGACUCGCGCAACUGCAAGAUUCUACUUACUGAGCCGCCCAUGAACCCCACCAAGAACCGUGAGAAGAUCAUCGAGGUGAUGUUUGAGACGUACCAGUUUGCCGGGGUGUACAUCGCCAUCCAGGCUGUUCUUACGCUCUACGCCCAAGGCCUGCUGACCGGCGUGGUGGUGGACUCUGGUGACGGUGUCACCCACAUCUGUCCUGUGUACGAGGGCUUCUCGCUGCCACAUCUGACCCGCCGGCUGGACAUCGCCGGACGGGACAUCACACGCUACCUCAUCAAGCUGCUGCUGCUGAGGGGUUACGCCUUCAACCACUCGGCAGACUUUGAGACUGUGAGGAUGAUGAAGGAGAAGCUGUGCUACGUGGGCUAUAACAUCGAGCAGGAGCAGAAGCUGGCCCUGGAGACCACCGUGCUGGUGGAGUCCUACACGCUCCCGGACGGCCGGCUGAUCAAGGUGGGCGGGGAGCGCUUUGAGGCGCCCGAGGCCCUAUUCCAGCCCCACCUCAUCAACGUGGAGGGGGUGGGCGUGGCCGAGCUGCUCUUCAACACCAUCCAGGCUGCGGACAUCGACACCAGGUCAGAGUUCUACAAGCACAUCGUGCUGUCUGGGGGCUCCACCAUGUACCCCGGCUUGCCGUCCCGUCUGGAGCGGGAGCUCAAGCAGCUGUACCUUGAACGUGUGCUGAAGGGAGACGUGGACAAGCUGUCGAAAUUCAAGAUCCGCAUCGAGGACCCGCCACGCCGUAAGCACAUGGUGUUCCUGGGCGGGGCAGUGCUGGCCGACAUCAUGAAGGACAAGGACAACUUCUGGCUCACACGCGAGGAGUACCAGGAGAAGGGCAUGCGUGUUCUGGAGAAGCUGGGAGUGACCGUCAGAUAAAGUCUCCUCCCUCCCUCUCCCCCUCCCCCUGUCCCAGAGAGAUCCCUUCCCCUUCCCCCCCCCCAUCUCUGUUUGUCCAUACAUGCAAACCAUCAGCCAACUCCACAUCACCUUGAUUAUGUCACUAAUAUUCAUCCCAGUCCCAUCCCAUCGCUCACAUGGAUCUGGUUUUUCUUUUGUUCUGGAUUCGCACACACGCACGCGCACGCACACGCGCACGCGCGUACCAAUUUGGAAAGGCAAAAAAUAAGGGAAGGUAGCAGAGUUUGAGCCAAGUGUUCAGGAGACCCGGGCCCCUGAAUGGAUACGGAUAAAACGCCCCGGUACAACAACGUAAGGAACAUCCUUUUGGUUCAGUGGGCUCAAGCGCCGCAGGAGUGUAGGGCGUUGAAGUGGUCUCCAGACAUCUGGGAGGAAGUGAUGUGUUGCAUGAUGUUGUUCUGUUAUCCCUACACUCCUCUGGGAAUACUCUCCUCCACCCCACCCCCUACCAAGCUUUGGAGGGCUGUUGGGAAUGUUGUGAUGAGGAUGAGGAUGAUGAUCAUCUUACUCACCAUAAAGAGUUCCACUCCACACUCUUAUCCCUUUCAGACAAAAAUAUGUUCUCUACAGUGAGAAGGCCGAGAAUGAUCGUCUGCGUGUUUUUUCUUCCUCUAACCGUUAUUUAUUCAAUAAUUUGUUUGUGGUGGAUAUCAAAUAAGUUUUAUUUUCCUUAAUUCAAAACGGCUGCAUGAUGUUUUUGGAGAAGAGAAGGAAACACACCAUGGAACGGUUUGUUGGAGACAGACGGCCAGGUGAAGGGACGACAGCCAUCUUGUUGGAGUCAUCUCUGCCAGCUCUCGGGUCGACGGCAAUCUUGUUUAAGUCCUCUCUGCCGGCUCUCGGUCUCCUUGAGGCACUGGCUGCUCCUCCUCGGCCUCCACUCCACUAGUUGGCCAAGGGCUACUACAAGCCAGACACGCUUUUUGUAUUUGCGGAGUUACAUAGCCAACUCCUGGACACAGCCUUUGGUGUUGUCUUGAAUAUAUUUCCUCCCUCAUUUGCUUUGAGUCCCUAAGAGGUGGUCUUUGUCUUUGGUGUGAGUCACCCCUUCUGUCCAGGAGGUGGUCUUUGGUUUAAGUCCCACCUUCUGUCCAGGAUUUGGUCUUUGGGUUGAGUCCUCCCCUAAGCCCAGGAGGUGGUCUUUGGGUUGAUUCCUCCCCUGAGCCCAGAAGGUGGUCUUUGGAUUGAGUCUCAUGAAGGCCACAAGGCUCUGGGUCUCCAGGGAUGCCAAUUUAGUGUUUAGUUUUUUUAAGUGUUGCAUUUGAAGGUUUGCUGAACAUUUAUAAUGGUAUCGGUUGAGUUUCUUUUAGCUUAGCUAAGGACUAAACCUUGUAAUACGGAAACACAACCACCAGUGCAUAUACGGGAGUUAUGGGGUUGAACACAGCGGUUGGUUUCCUCAUGUCUAGGGAUGUCAUUCCACUCAGGGCAAUAAUUUGCCACACUUAAAAUUUGAGUGAAGUUUAAAUCAGCGUCUGUAUUUAAUUUUUUCUAAUCUUUGUCGUUUUUCUUCUCGACAUCACGGAUGUGCUUUUGUUUCUGAGAGGAGAUUGGUUCGGCCUUCUUUGCAGGCGGGGCGGGGGGGUUAAAUAUAUUGUCGGAUGGUCUUAUCGGAUGUGUUUCCUUUGCAUUGCAUCACAUCUUGUGCUUACUGAGUAAAGUUGAAAGUGUCAUAUACUAAAUAAUUAAAUCGGUACCCAGCCCCUCAGAUCCUAAGUAAGUCAGCUCCCCCCCCCCACCUCUGGCUUUCUGUCCCAUCCGUGUUUGGCUGUUCCUAGGUAAGACUGGUCUGCGGAGGCUGAUUGAGGGGUUGGUAACUGAUUGAGGGGUUGGUAACUGAGGAGGGGUCGUUUGUAAUGAAUACUUGUGGCAUCAAAAAGAGCAUUUAAAACCUGGUGUUUGCAAUAUCUGUUUUGAUCGCCCGUGUAUAUUGAAGGCACUUGGCACACAGACAUACACAGACAUACACAUAAAUAUAUAUAUAUAUAUAUAUAUAUAUAUAUAUGUAUAUAUAU